AUGAUAUCAUACGAAUUCCAAACUUGUAUACCGAAAGGAACAGAUAGCUCAUUGGACGCUUUAUCCGAAAACAAAGAAUUGUAUAUACAAGCCACACACUUUAACAAUACAAUUCUUUUACAAAUCAGACUAAAUGGGGAAAUGGAUUCCACCUAUGAAAUAUCUUUGAAAGGACUAAACCCUCUUCUCGAUAUCGAUACUGUGCCACUGGCAGGUAACUUAGGAAACACGGAUGGCGAUUAUGAUGACGAGGAAGAAGAGUUUGUAAGAGACCAUUUAUCUGACUAUCAAGUGGUUACUAAGUUGGGGGAUAGUGCUGAUCCGAAAGUACCUGUAGUAUGCGUACAGAUUGCCGAACUAUAUAGAAGAGUUAUACUCCCAGAGGUGAACGGUGCGAUGGCCCAAGACGACAUGCAAUUCAGCCUGCUGAUAUCUAUGAGCAGUAAGAUAUGGAAGGCAGCAAAGGGACAAGACGCUGACGAUAAUGAUUUUGGCAAAUUAGUUUUCAUGUUAAAGUGUAUCAAAGAUAUGUAUGCAAAGUGA